AUGGGUGUCGAAAGAAAGAUUAUUACUCGUGGAACCGGCUCCUCGCCUGCUGAAGGUGACGAUGUCUCCAUCCACUACACCGGCUGGCUGUACGAUGCCAAGAAGUCCAACAAGGGCUUCCAGGGAAAGCAGUUCGACAGCUCUAGGUCUCCUGGCCGUGGUGUCUUCAAUGUUAAGAUUGGUGUCGGACAGGUUAUCAAGGGUUGGGAUGAGGGUGUGAUGCAGAUGUCUCUAGGCGAAAAGUCCAUCCUUACCAUUAGCCCGGAUUACGGAUACGGUGACAAGGCUGCUGGCAAGAUUCCCGCCAAUUCUACUCUCAUCUUCGAGGUUGAGCUCCUUAAGAUCAACAACAAGAGUGCCUAA